AGUUGGUGUAUUUUUGCAUUUAUCGACUGAGAUUAGUGACCGUCUUUUCGACUAAGUCGUCUUAUCUCUCAGGAACAGUCGGCAGACGUGUUGUCCCAUCUAUUCAGACAAACAGCGGGGUGCAAGAGUUUGGACUCACGCAGAGAGUUGCCCGAGGACAAGUGCUGUUAACAAGGUGCUGGGAAAUACAAUGUUUGGAUACAUGGACACAGGAAUAAUGUCUCGGCCAUAUAUUGCCAUAUUCCAUUGGAGGUGAUGAAUUGACGUUGACUGAAGUCGAGGAAAUCACUGCCAUUUCUCUAAGUAAACUAUGCACACUUUCAUCCUCAGUUAACAUUGGAUGCUGAUGCCUUUCUCUUCAUCCUAAGCGCAUAAUUGGAUAGUGUCUGUCAAGUAAUUGAAUAACUUCGACUAAUUGGAUAAGAAACAGAAUCCAUUUUGGAUAACCCAACGGCCGUGGAAGAGAAUAUAUUGGACAUCGUUUCCUGUGAUUUAACAUCACAUAGAGCAUCCUUUUGGAUUCAUCUCGUAACUUUUGGAUUGCUUACAUGUCUUUACGAGGCUUGUUUGGAUAUCAUUUUGAUGGUGUGCCUAUAUAAUGAUGAAAUGGUCUUUCAAACCCAAAGAUCUAAAGGCUUACUACAGGCAGGGUAUAGCACUACAAUGCAUGGGGCAGCAUGCAGAGGGCCUGGCCGCCUUCGCUGGUGGCCUCGCCCAAGAUCCCAAGAGCGGACAGCUUUUGGGGGGACUUGUGGAUGCGGCACUAAAAUCUCCACUCAAAGAAAAACUGGGGCCAAUCUACCAACAACUCCAAAAGAUGAAACUAGAUCGGAGUCCGUUUGUCGUCAUAUCCGUCAUCGGUCAGGAACUUCUGGCCGUUGGAUCUUUUGCCGCUUCUGCCCUCGUCCUAGAAUCGGCUCUCCGUAUCGGAACGUGCAGUCUCAAACUCCGUGGUUCCGUCUUCUCAGCUCUCAGCAGCGCUCACUGGGGCCUUGGAAACAUCGACAAGGCCAUAGCAUACAUGCAGCAAGACCUCACGGUUACGAAGUCAUUAGGUGACCAAGAGGGAGAGUGUCGAGCUCAUGGGAACCUCGGUGCUGCAUUCUUCUCAAAAGGGAACUACAAGGAGGCUCUAAGCAACCACCGGUUUCAGCUGGUGCUCGCAAUGAGACAGAAGGACAGGCAGACAGCCGCAAUGGCACUGAGUAGCCUUGGUCACGUCUACACAGCAGUAGGGGACUACCCCAAUGCUCUGGCUAGUCAUAAACAAUGCGUGUUGCUUGUGAAGCAGAGCAAUAACCGGUUGAUUGAGGCGCGUGAGAUUGGUAAUGUAGGUGCUGUGUAUUUAGCAAUGGGUGACUUUGAUAAUGCCGUGGAGUGUCAUAACGAACACUUGAAACUCGCAAAACAUCUGAAGGAUCGGAGUGAGGAAGCUCGGGCUGUUAGUAACCUUGGCAGUGCACAUCAUUAUAAACGGAACUAUGAUAAAGCCAUCACGUUUCAUAAUCAAGUGCUCACGAUAGCUGAGGAGCUCACUGAUAAGACGUUAGAAGCACGUGCGUACGCUGGGUUGGGGCAUGCAGCAAGGUGCAUGCAAGACUUAGGUGCGGCCAGGCACUAUCAUGAAAAACAACUAGACAAUGCCUUGCAAACAAGAGACAAAGUGGCUGAGGGUCGUGCUUGCUCAAAUUUAGGUAUUAUAUACCAGCAGUUAGGAGAGUUUGAGGCUGCAGUGAAAUUACACAAGGCUCAUAUGAACAUAGCCAAGGAUCUGCAGGAUCGGGCAAGUUUAGGACGUGCGUAUGGAAACAUUGGAAACGGCUACAGCUCUAUCAAGGAGUUCGACUUGGCUGUGAAAUAUCACAAGCAGGAACUCGCUAUCUCGAAGGAAGUGAAUGAUAGACACUCUGAGGCAUCGACACAUGGUAAUUUAGCUGUGGCGUAUCAGGCGUUGAAGAUGCAUGAAAAAGCUAUGCACCAUUAUCAUGCCCAUCUGACCAUUGCCCAAGAGUUAAAGGAUACAUCAAGCGAGGCAAGGGCCCUGAGCAACCUUGGCAAUUACCACAGCUCCCGCAGUGAAUUCCAACAAGGAAUACCUUACUAUGAGCAGUAUUUGAUUCUGUCGCAAGAACUGCUGGAUAUGGAAGGGGAGGGCAAAGCCUGUCAUAAACUGGGCUAUGCACACUACUCCCUCGGAAACUACCGGGAGGCCAUAAGGUAUUACGAACAGGACUUGGCCAUUGCUAAAGACAUUCAGGAUAAAGUGAGUUUAGGCAGGGCAUAUUGUAACUUAGGUCUAGCUCACAAAGCCCUGUUAGACUAUGCCAAGGCGUUGGAGUGCCAAAAGUGUUUCUUGACAAUUACGCACAUGUUGAAGAAUUACCCAGGGAAGUUCCGUGCUCUUGGGAACAUGGGUGAUAUCUCUAUGAAACUUGACAAUACGACCGAAGGGAUCAAACUGUAUAACCAGCAGUUGAUCCUAGCAAAGCAGACCAAGGACAAGAGCUUGGAGGCUUCUGCGUACAGUGCUCUUGGGACCGCUCAUCGCCUGAUCCAGUCUUAUGAUAAAGCACUGGGUUUCCACAAUCAGGAGUUGACCAUUCGGCAGGAGAUAAAUGAUCUAAAGGGCGAGUGUAAGGCACAUGGUAAUCUAGGUAACGUGCACAUGACGCUAGGCAACUACACCAACGCGUUCAAAUGUUACGAGGAACAGCUGGCACGUGCUAGAGAACUACAAGAUUGUAACAUUGAGUCUCAAGCUUGUGGCAAUUUGGGAAUAACUAAAAUGAACUUAGGUCUGUUUGAGGAUUCGAUAGGGCACUUUGAACAACAACUUGCAUUGCUUGAGCAAGUCGCUGGAAAUAAUGCUAUGCUUGACAAGGGUCGAGCUUUCGGUAAUCUCGGUGACUGCUAUGAAUCUCUGUUUGACUUUGAGGAGGCAGUGCGCUGUCAUGAGCAGUAUUUAGCCAUUUCGCAGAACCUGAACUUCAUGGUCGGUCAGGAGAAAGCCUACCGAGGGUUAGGAACAGCCCAUCGUGCUUUAGGGAACCUCCAACAAGCUCUUGUCUGUUUCGAAAAGAGACUUGUUGUUGCUCAUGAAUUGGACAAUGCUGCUGCCAAAGGAUCGGCGUACGGCGAGCUUGGCUGCUUACAUAGCUUACUGGGUAACUUCGAACAGGCCAUCUCAUGUUUGGAGCAUCAGUUGAACGUUGCUCGUGAGAUCGGUGACAAGACGGGCGAGGGGGAUGCUGCAUGCGGUCUUGGUGGUGUCUACCAACAGAUGGGAGAGUAUGAGACCGCCCUCAAGUAUCAUCAAAUGGACCUCGAUAUGGCGGAGAAGAUGGAGAAUAUGGCAAGCCAAUGUCGGGCUUAUGGAAAUAUGGGUCUCUCACACGAAUCUCUCAUGAACUUUGAGCAAGCGAUCAUGUACCAGGAGCAGCAUCUAAGUAUUGCAGCCCAGAUGAAUGAUCGGGUGGCGAAAACGUUAGCUUAUAGCAGUCUUGGCCGAGUUCACCAUGCGAUUGGUAACUACCCACAAGCCGUCCAGUACUUGCACCAAGGUCUCCAGAUUGCAGAGCAACUCGGCAGAAAGGAAGAUGAAGCCAAGAUCCGGCACAGGUUAGGCCUGGCACUCCUGGCCCAUGGUGAUCUCGAUGAUUCCCAGCAUCAGCUUUACAAAGCCGUAGAGCUGUUUGAGACAAUACGACGAGAUGCUCAGAUGAGCAGCGACUACCAGAUGUCCUUGUUUGACCUUCAGACAGCUUCAUAUCAAGCUUUACAGAGAGUUCUGGUCGCACUUGGUAGACACAAUGAGGCUCUUGUUGUAGCAGAGCGAGGGCGUACCCGUGCGUUCAUUGAUCUUCUGCUGGAAAGACAGGCCGGUAGCGAUGCUGGCUUCACCGAUAACACUCCCAUCACCAUGCAGCAGAUCCUGGACAUUGUAAACAAACAAAGGGCGGCUAUUCUCUACUUCUCAAUCGCAGCAGGAUAUCUUUACACGUGGCUGAUCACCCCUGAUAAUGGUGUCGUAAAAUUCCAUGAGAGUAACGUGACCGAGAUUGAGAAUAGUAGUUCGGAUCCUGAGGAUACACAGAGUAUUAAGAGCAUGACGCCAUCGAUAACCUCCAUCUUGGAUCAGUACGUCGGAUCUGUGCGUGAAUCUCUUGGUAUUGAACAUCAUGGUCCUACGGCCUCUGUCUCCAGGCUCUCACUGCAUUCCUCCGGCCAGAUGAGCGAAACUGAGAGUGAGGCUGACGAUUUGUGGCAGCAACAUUUGGAAGAACUUGGCGAGAAGCUCAACGCGGAGAACGAUCGCACAGGAUUCCUCCGCAUGGUGAAUCGCAACCAUAUGUUCAACUGCAGUAACUACAGUUUGAGCAGUUUGUUCAGUAUUAGUGGGAGUCUCAAUGGAUUUAACACGAAUGCUGCACGAGGAAGUACAAUGUCUCGCAGGAGUCGCUCAUCUCUGUCUUCCGUGGGGAAACCACCCCUUGGCUCAUUGUAUAAUCUCCUAAUCGGCCCUAUGGAGGAAGCUUUGGCUGCGUAUAAGAGUGCAGCUCCGAAUAACCGUGAAGUUGUCCUCGUGCUUCAAGGAGAUCUGUAUCUCAUUCCCUUCCCUGUGCUGAAGGGGAGCCAGGUAGGCCAGUGUCUGUACGAGAGGUUUGAUUUGAUCGCGGUUCCGUCCCUCAAAGCCAUCCAGGCAAACCAAGCCCAUGCAAAACAAUCAAAACUGUACCCAAGUCCAUCCGGUGCCCUGGUUGUUGGUAAUCCAAAACUGGUACCAGCUAUUGCUCAUCAAUGGCAGUGGAAUAGUUUACCUGCUACAGAACAUGAAGCAAAACUUAUAGCAGAAAUGUUAGGAACGAAAUCUCUUCUUGGGAAUGAUGCAUCAAAGGAAGCCGUUAUCCGUCUGAUGCCAAACACUGAAGUGCUUCAUUUCUCGACUCAUGUGUCUUGGAAACUGUCCGCAAUUGUGUUGUCCCCAUUAGAUAUUAGUGGACCCAGCCGCCAGGAUCCUUUACAUUCACAUUUCACGGCAUACGAUCUCAGUGACAGUGGUAGCAGUGAGUUCAGUAGCUCAUUUGAUGGGCCAUCUCUCUCAGAGUUUCUUUUAACUGCUGCGGAUAUCCUCAAUAUCAAACUAAGUGCCAAACUUGUUGUGUUGAGUUCAGGUCAUACAGAUGACCGAGCUGGACGCAUUAACUCUGAUGGUGUCGUUGGAUUAACACGAGCCCUCCUUGCGGCAGGGGCACAGUGUGUUCUAUUCGCCCUCUGGCCAGUCCCGGAACAAGCUUCAAGGAUCUUUAUGAAGACAUUCUACACAGCCCUCCUUCAGGGUUGCAAGGCUAGUCGUGCUCUAGGAGAGGCUAUGAGGACCGUUCAGACAACAAGUCAGUAUUCGCAUCCAUCGAACUGGGCAUGUUGGACGCUGAUCGGAAGUGACGUCAAACUCAGCAGCAAGGUGGCGCUCAUGGGCCAUGCGCUUGGUGAACUUCUUCGUCAGCCAGUCAAGUGUCGGGAAGCUAUGAGAGUUCUGCUCCAUCUGAUUGAGAAAUCCCUCCAGCGAAUCUUACGAGGACAACGAAAUGCCAUGUACACCACCCAGCAAAGUAUUGAGAACAAGGUCGGAAGUAUUUCAGGCUGGAAGGAUCUGCUCAUGUCGGUUGGGUUCCGAUUCGAGCCAGCUGCUAACAGUCUGCCUCCUGCAGUUUUCUUCCCUACGAGUGACCCUGGUGAACGGCUUACCCAGUGCAGUGCUAGUCUGCAGGCUAUGUUAGGUUUGCCCGCCAACAGUCUGACAGCUCUCACCAAGAUGUUACCACACUACGAGGCAGGUGAGGCCAUCAUCAACCUCGUCCGAGAUGUCAACAACAAACUGCUGAGAGAGAACAGCGUGGAGAUCCAGGUCAACGUGAAACUCUGGCGUGUCCAAGGAUGCCAUGAAUUCCUUGCGUCCCUCGGUUUCGACCUGAUCGAUGUGGGACGAGACCAAGUGAUUUUGAGGCUCGGCAAGCAGGCAAAUCGAAGGACCCUUCAGUUUGCUCUCACAGUAUUGUUAGCUGUUUUUGACACCCAAGAAGCCCCUCGGAUGUUGUCCAUGGGUAGCUCAAGUAGUAUGGACAGCCUAGCAUCAUCUAGAAGUGGCUCUGCGACUUCUACCUCCAACUUCUCAAAGGGUAGUACACCACCACUCUCACCGCAUCACCAGAAGAAGUCCAUCUUCAACCCUGCUGAGGUGGAGAAGUUUAGGGCAAGAGGUCACAAUUUGCACCAGCCUCCAGUAAGCAGAAAAUCGGGCCGAUCAAAACACGCUCCCAAUGUUUCAAUGCAACUACUCCACCAGACCCAGAUCCGGGCGAAAUACGGCAGUGACAGUGCAAGUUACAGUGACUCUCAGGGCGAGGAUAACUUACCGAAGGUGAUCAGCGUCGAUGCAGGUGAUCAUGCCAGGGAUGAUACUAGUUCCAUCUCGUCAGUUGAACUGCCACGUGCCCAGAUACGUCAGAACGCAUCCGAGAGGAACCUGAAUCAUGGUUACUUUUCAACGAAGGCGUACCAUCAGGCUCAGUACAGCACCUCCUCCCAAAGUGAAGGGGAGGAGAUGCAAGGACAUGAUGGCUCGUUGUCACGGCAGUCCUAUACGAGGUAUUCUGUGCAGUCUGCUGCUAGUUUGAAAAGUAACAGCACCGCUAGUACCCUGACCUCCAAGAUGAGUGCAUUUAGGCGGAGUCAUGGUCGGAGCUCAAUGGCUUCAACUAGGAGCAGUGCUAGUGAUCGUACCAUAACGAAUGAACCUUCAAUCGGUCGCCAGGAUGCAUCUCCACCGGACUCCGAUUCUGAUGUGGCUGAGGAUCAUAAUAUCAUGAGUAACAUUGACCCCUCUGCUAUUGCUAUGAAAGUGUUGUCAGAAACUUUACAGGAGCGUCAUGCUCUUGAGCAAAUGCAGCGCAUGAGCAUCCAAAAACAGGCAGCACGUGCAAAUAUGAUUCGAGCCGAGGGAGUUAGUAACCAGAAUCCGAAUACAGUUCCGGCUGAUACCAGAACAGCGAACGAUGCGAACCAGUUGCCAACAAGUACAGACUCAGUGUUUGUCCAAGUAAACCGUGAUUCUGAACAUAACCCAACAGUAUCUGUUGAAGAAGAUGAUGACAUUGUGUUUCAUGAAGCUCCCUUAGAGUCUUCUAUCGAUACAACCGUGAAGAACAUUUUGACUCGAUCGGCGCCAAAGCCUCGUCUGAACUAUAAACCUUUGACUCCUAUUCACGAGAGGCAGUCUUCACCAGAAGGUUUUGAGGUGUACGAUCUGAGUGAUGAGACAACCCUAAAGAUGUCAACACCAACCACGAGUGUGGAGUCAGACAUGGGUGAAUUCCUUGCGUCCUCAACCCCCAAGGAAGACAUGUCAACCCCUAGUCAUUCCACACCUACUAGUGUUGUUUCAUCUUGUAACAAGUUCAACUAUGAUUUCUCUGAUGAAGAGAAACAUAGGAAGAGUGUUACUGACAGUACCUCAACUUAUAGCUUGUCUCCUCUGGAUCACAGUGGAUUCACUCCGCAAGGGACUCCACCACCAAAGUACAAUUCACCUCAUGUUCGGGAGCAGUGGCCCUUGCAGUCACCUUCAAAUGUUUCUGGAGGGCAAACACAGCCUCAGCAGUUCAAUUUCGGAGUACAAACGCGGCAGAAAGCUGUGGCACCUCCCCCAGUUCUCCCUAAACCGACCUUGACUCCAGAGGCACGUCAGAACCUUCAGUUACGAGUGUCGCGUAUUGAUGGUGCAGAGCCACCAGCCGCAGAGGGUGGGCAGGAGAAUUCACCGGAAGAUGAUAUGAACCAGUACUACGACAUCCGGUAUGCGGAGAGGAAAUCUGUGAACAGAAUGGAGAAGGAGGCACACCGUCUCUUCCUAGGCAAGGUCGCGAACCAACCAGUGACUUCAUUACAAAUGUCCACUGUUCCCCCGUCCAUUCCUAAGAACCCUUCUACCUACACCGGCUUGAAGAGUCACCAUAUCCAAGGCGCUGGCAUGGGAAGACAUCGUAAACAACGAUCACAUGAUAGUGACAGUAGUAGCCACCAGGAACCAUCAACACGGCGAAUAGUUGAUUUUAAUCUUGGGAGUGAUGGAGGAACAGAUAUACGCACGGAUACGUCAACUGAUAGUAGUAACAAAAGGGACAGUAUCAAUAGCAAUUUCCAUGGUGCUUUAAAUUUGGAUUCUGCUAGUGAGAUGUCAGACACUGCUCUGGACGAUAGCUCGUCCCACAUCACAGUGGCACCCCCUAUCCCGGUCAGGAUGAGGAAUCAAAGACUUUCUAGCGGUGGUUCAGAUAGUUUCCCUGCUAAAUUUUCCACAAGUACGCCAAAUUAUCGGACUAGUAAUGCUGAGCCGGUCAUGCCAAACAGUAGACCAACUCCGCAGCCAAGACAGCAUCUGCAGGCUCGGGGGAUCGGCUAUACCCCUCCUAAUCAGAGACCAGUAACCUAUAAACCACGCAUUCCUGUGAGUGCUGGUCCAGUGCGUGCGCCUCCACCAAGUUAUAAUGCAGCACAUAGGCGGGCAUCGAAUGAAAUUUUAACCAAUACGACCAAGGCAGCCCACCAAAUUGAUGAACAAUUUGCCAAACAAGUGCAGCCGCCGACCCCAGGGUAUACUGCAAGGAAUCAACCUCCAAGUGCAUCUGUUCAUCAGAAUGGAUAUGUACCGGCCAUGCAGUAUUCUGGAAAUAUUCCCCGUCGUCAAAUCCCCAAAGAUCAGAUUCUGCAUGCUUCAAGAUGUUAGUUGAUGAGGACAUUUGAAGGUUUUGAGGGUAUAGAAUUUGGUCUUUGUACAAGUUUUCUGACUGCAAGCAUAACUCGGUGGAUUUAAUGCAAAUGAGGUUUCCAGAACAGAGUUUAGUGUACAUAUUCUUUUUAAUAUCUGAGAGUCAUCUUGGCAUAUGAAGAACACAAAUUGUCUGUCUUCAAUUGCCAAGGGGAUUAAAUCUGGGAUUGGGUUGAUAUUGACAAAAAAUUCAGAUGUUCCCUCCAAAUUUGUCUAAGUUGCAGAAUGCUCUGUUGGACUGGUACCAACCAUCCCAUGAAAUCGAACUAUUCCAAUUUUGCUGUUUCAUCUUUCGUAUGAAUCCAUCCUUGUCAAGAGGUAGCAUAUCAUUUAGAAGAUUACAAUGUAUUUGUUUAAUCCAUCCAGAAAACAGUUCCACAUCCAUUCACACUGUAAACUCAAUCAGGAGCUGUCAUAAAUUUCAAAGAUGCAGGACUGUCUUAGAAAAUGAAUAAAUGUCCCCUCGUUGUAGAGAGUAGUGACAGUUCCUGACUUAUUUUACAGUAUUUUGUUAACAAUGCAAGAGAUAUGGAGUAUUGAGUUUGGGUGAUGUUUUACAAUUACCUUUUAUAAUCCAUCCUGAAGCAUUCCAUCCAGGUUUGAAUUGAUCUGUUUUGUUUGUUGUUUGAGUGGAAAUCCAUCCAAUAAAACCAGAAUCAUCAAAAUUGGAGACGUCAGGCAGGAUCGCUCCUAUAUUAUAUGCUUUACUUAGCUUACUAUAUACAUGUAUAAUAGGGCAUGUUAUACCAAGAAAUAACUGAUUUAUGACCCAAUAAGAAAUUGGCCCGUGGAAGCAUGAUUACUUACUCAGUUUCCUUUUAGAAAUCUUUUGAUUUCUUUGCGACUUCUUUUUUAAUGAACUGCAUGCAGUUACUCUGUAAAUUUGUAUGAUUUAUAAGAUGCAUUGGACAAUAUUGGAUAAAAAGUGUGCAUAAUAUCGUAAAUGAAGUUAUUUUCUUAGGUAUCAAUAAUUUGUACAGUGAUUUUUUGUAUUUUUACACAGUAUAUUGUCAUCAGGGUCUUGAGGGUCCAAAGCCAAACAAAUAUCAUUCCAUAAUGUACAGUUGAAACAUGUAUAAGUUGGUCCUUUCAUUAAUUUAUUUGGAACUUUAUAAAAAUUGAAAUAUUCAAUUUUGUGUAUAUAUUGAUUGUAACAUUGGCCUGAAAUAGUGGGCUGACUUGUAAGGAUAUUAUUUGAUAUGAGAUGAAUACAACAUGUAGUAAAAUAUGAAAUAGUUGUUCUGUCUUAUUUCUAAGAUUUAGGUCAUCCUAAAAAGACUACGGCUGGUGCAUAAUAUCAGGAUACAAGACCAGGAUACAGUGUAGGAAAGCAGGGAUCAUGGUCCAUACAGAAAGCUUUGGACUCUGACUAAAGACCAGUACACUGGAAUGUACCAGUCAGUGCUGUACAUUCUCAUCCCAAACAAACCUGACUAAAAACUU